AUGAAGAAAGUUCUCUAUGCUAAUGCUAUUGGGUCAGUGAUGUAUUUGAUAUUAAGUACUAGGCCUGAUAUUGCUUAUGUUGUGUCUUGCCUAAGUAGGUAUAUGUCAAAUCCUGGUCCUGUUCACUGGGAAGCUUUGAAAUGGCUUCUGAGAUACUUGAAACUUACUGCUAAGUAUGAGUUGUGUUAUUCUAAAUGUGAUGAAGGUGUUUCACUAACUGAUUUUGUGGAUUCCAGCUAUGCUAAUGACAGAACUACUACUUCCUAUGUGUUUACAGUUUGCAGGUCCUGCAUUAGUUGGAAAUCUCAGUUGCAGCACAUAGUGGCUUUGUCCACAAUUGAGUCAAAAUAUAUUACCAUUACAGAGGCAAUGGAGGAAGCUAUAUGGUUAAAUGGAGUGCUCUCUGAACUUAAGUUUGUGAAGGCAUCUCCUACUGUGUUUUCUGAUUCUCAGUCUGCUAUUCAGUUGUGUAAAAAUCCUGUUUUUCAUGAUAGGACAAAGCACAUUGAUAAGAGGUUUCAUUACAUUAGAGAUAUUGUUGAAAAUGAUGAAGUUUUUCUACUUAAAGUGCAUACUGAUAGAAAUCCCGCUGACAUGGGAACUAAGCUCUUAACAUUAGAAAAACUACUUUUUUGCAUUAAGUAUUUGCAUUUUGACCUAGGAUAG